GCCCAGCCCAGCCCAGCCCAGCCCAGCCCAGCCGUUAUCUCCCGACGCUCCCUCUAUAAAGCGUCCUUCCACCGCCCUGCAGCUUGGCCUCCGCCCCAUCGCUUCUCCUGCAAGCCCGCUCCCUUGCUUGCCCGUUCGUUUGUCCGCUUCGCUUGUCCGAUCCCGGCCGACUCAGCUCCCACUCUCGCCAACGAUGACCAACAGCAACCCCGUCGAAGAACCCAGCCCCGUCGAGGCCCUGUUUGAGACCGAUCCGUACCUGUCUCCCUACCGCGAAACGAUCGCAUACCGAUACAAAAAGGUUCACGAGUGGGUCGAUGCCAUCAACAAGCACGAGGGAGGCAUCGACAAGUUCUCACGCGGAUACGAAAAACUCGGCUUCAACGCUACCCCCGAGGGCAUUUUCUACCGCGAAUGGGCUCCCGGAGCAAGCACCGCGAGUCUGAUCGGAGAGUUCAACAACUGGGACACAGCCAGCCACCCCAUGAGCCGGGAUCCCUAUGGUGUCUGGGAGAUCUUCUUGCCCAACACCGAGAGCGGGCCUGCCAUCCCCCACAACACCAAAGUCAAGAUCUCCAUGACGACCCCCAGCGGUGAGCGUAUCGAUCGCAUCCCGGCCCUCAUCCGACGCGCAACCCAAGACCUGAGCGUCAGCGCCACCUACGACGGCAUCUUCUGGAAUCCUCCCGAGAAGUACGUGUUCAAGAACAAGGCUCCUCCAAAGCCCAAGAAGCUCCGCAUCUACGAGUCUCACGUUGGCAUUGCCAGUCCCGAGGGCAAGUGCGCCAGCUACAAAGAGUUUAUGCUCAAUGUCCUCCCGAGAAUCGCCGAUCUGGGCUACAACUCUGUGCAGUUCAUGGCCAUCAUGGAGCAUCCUUACUACGCCAGCUUCGGCUACCAAGUGACCAACUUUUAUGCUCCAUCGAGCCGCUUUGGCACCCCCGAGGAGCUGAUGGCCUUGGUCGAUGCUGCCCAUGGAUACGGCCUCACUGUGCUGCUGGAUGUCGUCCACUCGCACGCGUGCAAGAAUGUCCUCGACGGAUUGAACAACUUUGAUGGCACCGAUCACCACUACUUCCACGCCGGCGGGCGCGGCAACCACGAUCUCUGGGAUAGCAGACUCUUUAACUACGGCCACCACGAAGUUAUGCGCUUCCUGAUUUCAAACCUGCGCUACUGGCUUACCCAGUACCAGUUUGACGGGUUCCGCUUCGAUGGCGUGACCAGCAUGCUCUACUACCACCACGGCAUGGGCACGGGCUUCAGCGGGCACUACGAUGAGUACUUUGGCAGCGCCGUCGACAACGAGGCCGUUGUUUAUCUGAUGUUGGCCAACUACAUCAUGAAGGAGCUCCAUCCGAACAUCAUCACCAUUGCCGAAGAUGUCUCUGGAAUGCCCACUCUUGGCCGCCCUGUCUCGGAUGGUGGCAUCGGCUUUGACUAUCGUCUGGCCAUGUCAAUCCCGGACAUGUGGAUCAAGAUGCUCAAGGAGCAGUCGGAUGACGACUGGAAGAUGGGCCACAUUGCUCAUACCCUGACCAACCGCCGCUGGAAGGAGCCGGUCAUUUCCUAUGCCGAGUCUCACGACCAGGCCCUUGUCGGAGACAAGACCCUGGCCUUCUGGCUCAUGGACAAGGAGAUGUACGAUUUCAUGUCGGAUCUGAGCCCGAUGACUCCGAUCAUUGAUCGAGGCAUUGCCCUCCACAAAAUGAUCCGCCUCGUCACUCACGGCCUUGGCGGUGAGGGAUACCUCAACUUUAUUGGAAACGAGUUUGGCCAUCCCGAGUGGCUCGACUUUCCUCGCUUCGGCAAUGGCAACAGCUUUCACUAUGCCCGCCGCCAGUUCAAUCUGGUCGACGACAACCUGCUGCGCUACAAGUACUUGAACAACUUUGACCGAGCUAUGCAGCAUGCCGAAGAAAAGUAUGGCUGGCUCGAGUCGAGUCAGUUCGUAAGCCUCAAGCACGAAGGAGACAAGGUUAUCGUCUUUGAGCGCGGCAACCUGCUCUGGAUCUUCAACUUCCAUCCAACCAACAGCUACUCGGAUUACCGCGUGGGCACCUCGUGGGCCGGAGUCCACCGAGUGGCCUUCCACACUGAUCAGAAGGAGUUUGGUGGCCAGGAGCGAAUCGACAAGAGGGGCGAGUACUUUACCACCCCAUUGGGAUGGAACGACCGUGACAACUUUAUCCAGGUCUACAUCCCCAGCCGAACUGCCCUCGUUCUUAGCCACGACUAAACCGAGCCGGGGAGAUAUCAUGGCCGCGCCUGAUAUCGCAUCUGCGGAUGCAUGCUCUGCCUGGUCUGCGUGGUCUGCCUGGUCUGCCUGGUCUGGGUGGUCUGGGUGGUCU